CUUUAUUGAUAGUCUAGUCUUUGAUUGAACACGAUGAGGAAGGCUUUUGUUGGGUUAUAUUUUACUUUGACUACUUUUAUUUUCAUGGAUUAUCGGACAUGUGAUGGAAAGCUUCUGAAGACAAAACCUAAAAUCUCCUGGAACGACAUAAUUAAUCCAAAAUAUAAUGCUGGGAAAAUUUCUCCCUGGAAGUCCAGCGGAAACACUUUGGGUGUAAAACAACACUCCAUCCACACCGUUAAUACAAAGGUCACCAGACAUGUUGAAAGUCCAACUCAAUGGAAGACAAAGACAGCAAAGCAGGAACAUGGAUCUAACGGGAAAAGUCAACAACGACAUGGUUCUGGAAUUAAUAUACAGGAAAAGGCGAAAAUAAACAACAUUCAAACACAAAAGAAACAGUCUUCAAAUCACAUAUCUUCAUUUCCAAAGUAUGAGACUACGACACCGUGGAGUCUCGAGGACAAUUACUUCGACCAUACCACCAUACAACCAUAUCUCGGGUCUGAUCAGUAUGCGUAUUACUAUUAUACAGCAUUACCAUCAAUGUUUUACUACGAUUAUUUUGGAAAUGGCAAACACAGCUUCACAAGUUCAACAGAAGAACCAGAUUACGAAGGUGAGGAUGUGAAAACUGUUUCCAAUUCAACUGCGACCAAGGCAGAGGGGAAAAAGAUCGAGGCUGAUGAUAUCACAACAGUCUCUACGGUUACCACAACAGACAAACAAACAAAGAACGAAAUAGAGGCUGAAGAUGUAACAACACUGAAACCAAAAGUAUCCGGAAAGAAAGUGAAUAACAAGAUCACAACAACCACAGCUCAAGCCAUCACCGAAGGAAUAGAAUUGGAAGAUCGAACUACAACAUCUUCUCCUGCAGGACAAAGCAAACAGAAGACAAUUAUACAGGCUCGAAAGUUGAAGGCGAAAGACGUCAUCACGCCUGCGCCGAAGAAAACAAUCCCGGUAAAGAAGGCCGCUCAAAUAAAAAUGAAACAAAGCAUUGGGAAUCAACACCGUAUAAGCAAGCUUGUUGUACCCAUUCGUAAUGGUGGACCCCAAAAACGUUAUCCUCCAAAAUAUCGAUUCGCUACAUAUCAAAAACGUCAUCAAAUUCCUGUUUUAAAGGAAAUAUAUUCGAUGCCUAAAUUCAUGAACAGAAAACAAAUGCAAAAUCAACCAAGCAAUUUUGCAUUGCGAAAUCAUCAAAACGCUAAUGUGAUCAAAACUAAGUUAGGACAUACUUCUACAGGACUAAGACCAGGUGUGAAGUCUUCCGUUAUAUAUAAUGUUAUUGCACCAAAGCAGUUUACUUACAGUGUGGGACCGUCAAACAAUAAGCAAACCUCAAUCGCUCACCGUACAGCGCGACAAAAUAAAGCGCACCUGCAACACUCGGGAAAUGUAAGAGGGAAGAACCAGAAUCCCCCAAAACAGCGACAAGGGUGUCGCAACUUCCGGAAAUGUCCUAGUAAUCUGCAGCCAGUGUGUGGUACAGAUGGAGUGUCCUAUAGAAACGAGUGCAUGCUCAAAAUGGCCGCUUGUUUGAGAGGUGGACUGGCGAAAAUCAGCAUCCGACACAGAGGUGUAUGUUAAAUCCAGAUUAAAUGCCGGACAGAGAUGUAUGCUGAAUCCGGAUUACGUGUCACAAACAAAGAUGUAUGCUGAAUCCGGAUUACAUGUCAGACUACCAAAAGAGUGUUUAACUAUGCUGCAGAUCUUUCCUGUCCUUUAUAAAAGGGCGUUAUCCAACAGCUCUGUACACGAGAAAUGCAUGGACCAGUGAGCUUACAAAACACAACGGGAUAGAAAUUCAUGAUAAUUUUUACAUUGUACGUUGAAAAUCCACCAGAUGUCCUGUCUGUGAAAUAUCGACGGAGGCGAAAUGAUGAAUUUAAGAAAUUCACAGCGUUUAUUAGAUCGAGAUUAAGUAAUUCCAGAUGAUCAGAAAGAGUUUGUAGAGUGAUGUAUCUAAGACCACUGUCUCUUGAAGGUCAUUUUAUUUCAAGUUUCAACCAUAUUGGUUCUCUAUUCUACAUGAUACGUGAUGUAGGUAAUGUGUUAGAUAUUGUAUAUCAACUUAUUUUGUACAAAGGUAACUUUUAUUUUUAUCAAUAAAAUGUCCUAAGUGAAAA